AUGAAAAUUUUAAUGAACAGAUUUGCAGAAAUUAAUCCACAGGAAGAUAUUAGAUUGAUUAAACUUUAUGGGAUACAAUCAUACUUGUGUGAAUUAAUUGUAUAUGAAUUCCAAUUAAAAUACCUGGAAAUUUAUAUGGCAAAAGAAGUGUUGAGAAUACCUAUACCAAGGACAUGGAAAGAUAUGAUAAGAGCACAUGAAACAACUAGUGGUUUACUAAAAUAUGAGAAACUUUUAUCUGAUAAUACCAAUUCUAUAAAAGAUUUUCUUUGGAAUCAAAGUUCAACAACACCUAAAAUGACAACAAAAAUGACUACUUCACCAAAACAUAUAUAA